UCAUCUUCACAUGAUACUAUCUUUUCCUUUGAACUUGCCCGGGUUCUACAAAAUGCAUCGCUGCAGCACCAAACGCACACCAACCAAACAACAAUCCAAUUAGCUCAGAGGGAACAGCUCCAGAUGAAUCUGGCGACGGGCGCCAUGGGCUCCCUGCUCCCCAAGCUGCUCGAGCUCCUCAAGGAGGAGUACAAGCUGAAGAAGAAGGUCAGGGAAGGCGUCGAGUCUCUCGAGAAAGAGAUGAAGAGCAUGUACACUGCCCUCCGCAAGGUGGGCGAGGUGCCACGGGACCAACUCGACGAGCAGGUCAAGUUCUGGGCGGACGAGGUAAGGGAGCUCUCCUUCAACAUGGAGGAUGUUGUUGACAAGUUUCUGGUGCGUGUCGAAGACGGCUCUGAGCCUGCCGCUAACUCGAACAAGAUUAAACGGCUCACCAAGAAGAUGGCCGGCUUGUUCAUCAAGGGGAAGACUCACCAUGAGAUCGCGAACGCGAUCAAGGACAUCAAUAAGCAAGUCCAAGAGGUUGCUAGCAGGCGUGUGCGGUACAAUGUCGACAAUCUUGUUGCUAUGCCUGCAGCGGUGGCUCCCAUCGAUCCUCGCCUUCGGGCUCUGUACACCGAAGUGACAGAGCUUGUUGGCAUUGCUGGGAAAAGGGAUCAAGAGCUAAUGAAGUUGCUUUCAGAAGGAGACAAUGAGUCCAAGAAAAAAUUGAAGACUGUCUCUGUUGUCGGAUUUGGAGGAUUAGGCAAGACCACUCUUGUCAAAACGGUUUAUGACAAGAUUAAAGGAGAAUUUGAUUGCCGAGCUUUUGUUUCUGUUGGUCGAAAUGCUAGUGCAAAAAAGAUUUUGAUGGAUAUCCUUCUUGCUCUUGACAUGUACGAAAGCCAUUUCACCAUAUUGGGCGAAACGCAACUCAUCGACAAACUCCGGGAACGUCUCGAGAACAAGAGGUACCUCAUUGUAAUUGAUGAUAUAUGGGAUGAGAAAUUGUGGACAAUUAUCAACUGGGCCUUCUCUAAAAACAACAAUUUUGGCAGUCGACUAAUCACGACAACUCGUAUAGUCAAUGUAUCUAAAUUCUGCUGCUCAUCUACUAAUGAUUCAGUCUAUCAAAUGGAACCUCUUAGUGAUGAUGAUUCCAAAAGGUUGUUCUAUAAAAGGAUAUUUUCUCAAGAGAGUGGGUGUCCUCGUGAAUUAGAAGAAGUGUCCACAUGCAUAUUGAAGAAAUGUGGUGGAGUGCCAUUAGCCAUAAUUACUAUAGCUAGUCUUUUGGCUAGUGAUCAGCAUCCAAAACCAGAGGAUGAGUGGCAUGUUUUGCUAGAGUCUAUUGGCCGUGGACUUACCAAAGACCACGGUGUAGAGGAGAUGAUGAGGAUACUAUCAAUUAGCUAUUAUGACUUGCCUUCUUAUCUGAGAACAUGUUUAUUAUAUCUAAGCAUGUUUCCAGAAGAUCGCGAGAUUAUGAAAGAUCAAUUGAUAUGGAUGUGGAUUGCCGAAAGUUUUGUCCAAUGUGAAAAAGCAAAAACUAGUCUCUUUGAGAUCGGGGAGACUUACUUCAAUGAGUUGGUGAACAGAAGCUUGAUCCAGCCGGUAUACAAUUAUCGCGGCUUUGUAUAUGCUUGUCGUGUGCACGAUAGUGUGCUUGAUCUAAUUUGUUCAUUAUCAAGAGAAGAGAGUUUUGUUACCAUAUUGAAUGGUACCGAUGAUGGCAUUUCUUCUCAGAGAAAUGUGCGCAAGUUGUCCCUCCAAAAUACAAUCAAAGAACAUCAAACAAUGCCUCUUAUUUCUAAGAGUAUAUUACAAGUGAGGUCCAUUGCCACAUUUAAAUCUGCUAUUGGUCUAUUGCCGCCUUUGUCGAGCUUCGUUGUUUUACGUGUACUGGAUUUGACUGGAUGCAAUGUUGGUGAUCAUAGCCAUCUAAACCUUCAGGACUUGGGGACUUUAUUUCACUUGAGGUACCUAGGUCUAGCCGAUAUAGGAAUUUCUGAGGUCCCAGAAGUUGGAAAGUUGCAGUUUUUACAGGUGCUGGAUUUGAGUGGAAAUUAUGAUAUAAGAGAACUUCCGUCGAGUGUUACCAGACUGAGAAGAUUGAUGUGCCUACUAACUGAGCCUCUCUGGAAUCUUCCAGAUGGACUGGGAAAGCUGACAUCAAUGGAAGUGCUGGGUGAAAUCUGUGGUGACUCUUUAUGCACUGUGAAAGCAUUGGGCAACAUGAAAGCAUUAAGGAAGCUCCAAAUUAAAUUUAAUGAUCUGAGCAUGGAGCUAGAGGAAGCUUUUGUGGAGUCACUAGAAGAACUUUCCAACAUCCAAAGUCUAGAAAUUGAUGCCAGCGGCGCUUCCAUGGAUCUCCUGGGGGAACGCUGGGUGCCACCUAGAAGUCUGCGGGAAUUUAUCGCAGACAGACAUGGCAUAUUCUCCAUGCUGCCAGCGUGGAUAAGGAGGAAUCCCGCCCAUCUGUCGCAACUACACGAGUUGCACAUAUGGGUGGAGGAAGUGCGGCAGAAGGAUCUUGGGUUCCUUGGCAAGUUAUCGGCUCUUCAUAGUCUCACAUUGCGGACCACCCGCCAAAGGCAGCUAUUCUUCGGUGCUGAUGGGUUUCGUUGUCUGACAACAAUCGUGUUGGUUUGCCGAUCGCCGGGCCGAAUCAUGUUCCGGCCGGGAGCUUUGCCCAGGGCUGAAACUGUCAAGUUUGAAAUCCGUUUGCGGGUCGCAAAAGAGGAAGCAGCUAGCAGCGGUGGCGAUUGGUUGGAUCUGGGCAUGGAAUACCUGGUGUCCCUUCGGAAGGUUCAUGUCCGGUUCUACACCUCCGGGGUGAUGGUCGGCGAGGUCAAGCAAGCCCGGGCUUCGCUGGAGAACACACUCCAUGCCCAUCCUAACCGCCCCGUCUUUGGCGUCUUCUUCAUCCCGGACAUAGUACACGGCACAAGUGAUGAUGACACCUUCGUAUAGGAGAGUUCGAGUGGAGAACCUUCAGGUUACAAUCUUUUCCGAUAAUGAAGGCCAAGUGGUCAACCUUCAGGUUACAUGCAGUUUGUUUUUCAGUUGAAAGGAAAACCAUUUCAAUUUUCAAUACUCCAGAGUCCAGACUAUGUAUUAGGCUGGUCAUAGUGAGAGUAACUAGGAAGUAACAUAGCGCAUUUCAAAACAGAGUUGCUUAUGUGGCAUAGAAUUAAUGAGGAGAAAGGGGUUUGGAGUAACAUAAUAUGUUACUGUAACAUAACGCAACCCAAAGCAAAAAUGCCAUCAUCUAUGAUACUACUUGUAUGUUAUUUUGCACUAUGAAGAUAGUAACAAAGACUAGUGUCAUAUGCAUGACACUAGUCUAAAUUACUCCCCACUAUGACUAGUCUUAAUGUAUACUACAGACAUGCAUAGGCUAUGUUUUCCUCCCUUACUCAUAAAGCCAUGCUUAUAUAGUUGGUGACUUUAUAGGCUGUUAUUAUUGUCAUUGGAGACGCACGUCGGCGAACCAUAUGUGUAUCAGCAGCUGCAUUAAAACCUGCAAAAAUAAUAAAUCAUCAGCUGCAUUCGAACUCA